ACCUUACCCGAUUUUUCAUUAAGCCCAAACGUAUCCAAGUGUGAAACUCUACCGGAGUAUCUCUUUAAGGAGUCAUGCCGGACAUAAAAGUGACGCCUUUGGGGGCCGGCCAAGAUGUUGGACGUAGUUGUCUGCUUUUAUCGAUGGGUGGCAAAAAUAUUAUGCUAGACUGUGGCAUGCACAUGGGUUACAAUGAUGAGAGGCGUUUUCCGGAUUUCUCGUAUAUUGUACCUGAUGGGCCAAUUACCUGUCACAUUGAUUGCGUUAUUAUAUCACAUUUCCAUUUAGAUCAUUGUGGAGCUUUACCCUACAUGUCUGAAAUGGUUGGCUAUUCUGGGCCUAUUUACAUGACACAUCCCACUAAAGCCAUAGCACCCAUAUUACUUGAAGACAUGAGAAAAGUAGCUGUUGAACGUAAGGGUGAAUCAAAUUUCUUCACAACACAAAUGAUUAAGGACUGCAUGAAGAAAGUGACAGCAGUAACAUUGCAUCAAAGUGUCAUGGUCGACAGUGAAUUGGAAAUCAAGGCAUACUAUGCAGGUCAUGUAUUGGGUGCAGCUAUGUUUUGGAUACGUGUUGGUUCUCAGUCUGUGGUCUAUACGGGAGAUUAUAAUAUGACGCCGGAUCGCCAUUUGGGAGCGGCUUGGAUAGAUAAAUGCCGCCCAGACCUGUUGAUAUCGGAAAGCACCUAUGCCACCACCAUAAGAGAUUCCAAGAGAUGCCGUGAAAGAGAUUUUUUGAAAAAAGUUCAUGAAUGUGUCUCCAAGGGAGGCAAAGUUCUUAUACCGGUAUUUGCAUUGGGUAGAGCUCAAGAGUUGUGCAUAUUACUGGAGACCUAUUGGGAUCGCAUGAAUUUAAAAUAUCCCAUUUACUUUGCCCUGGGUCUAACUGAGAAGGCCAACACCUAUUAUAAGAUGUUUAUUACUUGGACCAAUCAAAAGAUUCGAAAAACUUUUGUACAUCGCAAUAUGUUUGAUUUCAAGCAUAUUAAACCUUUUGAUAAGACCUACAUUGAUAACCCAGGUGCCAUGGUGGUAUUUGCCACACCGGGUAUGUUGCAUGCUGGCCUCUCAUUGCAUAUUUUUAAAAAAUGGGCACCCAAUGAGAAUAAUAUGGUCAUUAUGCCUGGCUAUUGUGUGCAGGGUACGGUGGGAAAUAAGAUUUUAAGCGGUGCCAAAAAGGUGGAAUUUGAAAAUCGCCAAGUGGUGGAUGUGAAAAUGUCAGUGGAAUAUAUGAGUUUCUCAGCUCAUGCGGAUGCAAAGGGCAUCAUGCAACUCAUACAAAACUGUGAACCCAAAAAUGUCAUGCUAGUCCAUGGAGAAGCCGAAAAAAUGGCAUUUCUACGUAAUAAAAUACGCGAUGAGUUUAACAUUGAAACCUAUAUGCCGGCUAAUGGCGAAACUUCUGUCAUUUCCACACCCGUCAAGAUACCAGUGGAUGCCUCCGUCUCCUUGUUAAAGGCGGAGACUCGCAUUUAUAAUGCCCAACCACCCGAUCCCAAACGAAGACGCUUAAUACAUGGUGUCUUGGUGAUGAAGGAUAAUCGUAUUAUGUUGCAGAAUCUUACAGACGCCCUUAAAGAGAUCGGCAUUAAUCGUCAUGUUAUGCGUUUUACUUCAAAAGUGAAAAUGGAUGACCCUGGACCAAAAGUACGAACUGCUGAGAAACUUUUGGCGUUGCUGCAAGAUAAACUAAUCGGAUGGACUGUGGCAAUGCAAGAGAAUUGCACAAUUGCUGUCGAAACCGUAGAGAUAAAAAUCGAAGAAGAUGAAAAAGACCCCAAACACAAGACAUUGCUGAUAACAUGGACAAAUCAAGAUGAGGAUAUUGGAGCAUACAUAUUGAAUGUGUUGCAAAACAUGUGCUAACAACAAUGGAGAGGUUGAGAGUAACGUGCACAAUACUACGUGGGUGUAAGGCGCGCAUUCCAAACGAAAAUACGAACAAACUCAAAAUAGUAAGUUUGUACUAAUUAUUUUUUUAAUGAAAUAUUAUAGAGUGGAUUAUUGAUAAAAUUAAAACAAAGGGUUUUUAAUUAAUGUCAAUAAAUUUCGUAGAAAAAAUUCA